AUGUACUUCUCCGUGGCUCUCGUCGCCGGCAUUGUUGCCUCCGCUACCGCAAUCCCCGCCAACUCUGCCCGCACCGUUGACACCGUCGCCAAUGAACUCGCCUGUGUGGCUCGUGGCGAUAUGGCAUGUGCCGGACUUGUCUCCAAGCGCUCCGAGACUGAGCUUGCCAACGAGCUUGCCUGCGUUGCCCGCGGUGACAUGGCCUGUACCGGCCUCGUCGAGAAACACGACCUCGAGAUGGAGCAGCUCGCUAACGAGCUCUCUUGCGUCGCUCGUGGCGACAUGGCCUGCGCUGGUCUUGUUGCCUAG